AUGCGGCUGUUAUUUAUAAAAAUUUUAUUAGUUUUUAGCGUGAAUGGACAGCUGUGUGACGAAAAAAAUACAGUGGACCUGACGUUAGCAAAAAGUUUGGAAGAUGGAAUUAUCGUGAGUGAUGGUGAAAAAUUUUCUCCUGGAUAUAUUUAUAGACGAAACGACACUGAUGGAGAGAAGAUAUUUGGAUGUUUGUGUCAGGGAAAACGAUGUUUCAGAAAGUGUUGCCCUCCCGGGAAAGUGUACCAGCGUUCACAGGAAGGGAGAAAAUGUAUCGACCAUGAAGAUAUUGUACAAACGAAAGGCUUGGAUGUAUAUUUUAUGAACAAUUACAAGAAAACGAUAGAUGUUGUUCACACUCCUGGCAUAUUUUUUUUAUAUGGGAUACCUUGCGAUGGAGAUGUUUAUCUUGAAGACAACGGAGAAUGGUUUAUACAAGAGACGAGUACAGCCUUUGAACCACCCGUGUAUGAUAACUACGCUAAUUUACAAAAUGUCAAAGUCAUGGAGUAUUUCCACUUCAACUUCUCAAAACCUAUAUGCGCAACUGAUGAAAUCCGGGUUGAAAUCAAACAAGUCUUCACAGAUAUACACCUGACCAAAGAUGGCAAACUGUACGUGAACGUCCCAAGCACUAUACCGCCAUUCAUGUUAUACGAACCGGAUAAAUACUGUGUGGAUACAUUUAUAAGUGAGGGUGAAGAUGGGGCUGUCACAGAGAGCUUCGACGCCCUUAUAUGCUUCGCCACGGAAAAAGAAUCCAACCAUUAUGUGUUGAGCUCUACUUGUAUGAUAAUAUCAUGUGUGUUCAUUCUGGCCACCGUGGCCGUAUACGGCUGGUUGCCAGAACUUCGCAACCUCCACGGCAGGGUCCUAAUGGCUUACUUGCUAUGUUUAUUCGUCGGGUUUGCCUUCCUUGCAGCGAUGCAGAUAUUACUAGUCAUAGAUAACAUCAGCACAGAUUGCUGUAUUGCCUUCACGAUCAUAAUAUACUUUGCUCUCGAAUCUGCCUUUUUCUGGCUCAACGUCAUGUGCUUCGAUAUUUGGUGGACAUUCAGUGGCAAACGCGGCAUGACUAUGGAGAAAUUAUCAGUAAGAGCAAAAUUCUGUGCCUAUUCUAUUUACGCGUUUGGUAUUCCUACCGCUUUGACCGUCAUCUUGGUAGCGUUGGAGUUCUCUGAUCUACAACCCCACAUACUUCUACCUUUAAUUAGAAGACAAGGAUGCUUUUUGUUUGGCUACAGCAAACUCAUCUACCUGUACGGUCCUAUGGUCAUCUUGUGGUUUGCAAACUUGAUUUUCUUCAUACUAACCGCCGUCAAAAUAACACAGAUUAAGAAACAGACGUCUGUUCUUAAGUCAAGGGAAAGCGCAACACAUGAUCGUCAGAAUACUGAGAGACAGAGCUUUUACUAUUUCUCCAGGUUAUUCUUGUACGCCAAACUGUUCGUUGUGAUGGGUGUGAACUGGCUUCUUGAGGUGAUCAGCGCCUUGUAUCCAAAAGCAGAUGAAUUCUGGAGAUUCACUGACGCAUACAACGUACUCAUUGGUCUCAUUAUAUUCAUUAUAUUUGUAUGUAAACGGAAAAUCUUCAGACUCAUGAAGAAAAGGAUAAAAGACGGGAUUCGACAGAAAAAUGGUACGAUGGGCAGUAUGACGAAUAUACAAAGAAAUCAAACAAACCUUCAGAAUUGCAAACAGAGAGACAGUCUGGAAACUAUCAAAACAUAUUGCGCUGAUUCAGACAGCAAUAAAGGAAUGAACACGACAAAUUUCUAA